AUGGGAUCCGAGAAGAUGAUCGAAGUUAAAAUCGACAUGGAGGAAGGAGAACCAUUGGGAGCUACUCCUAACGACAAAUUGGUCAUCACUAAGAUUCAAAGCGGAACCAUCUCGGAAGGAAAAUUGAGAGUCGGUGAUCAAGUGAAGAAGGUGAACGACGUCGAGUGUAAGGAUGCAAACGACUUCUUCCGUGCUCUUCGUUAUGCUACUCCACUUGCUCGUAUUCUGGUCAACCGCGAUGAGAAGAAAGCGGAGGAGUUGGAAGCACGUGUGCACAUUCCAGAAGAUCGUGCCAAGAUCAUUCAACGUCGUGAGGGAUACGUCUACGAGAUGGCUACAUUGGUUUGGGUGCAGAACGGACCAAAGUUGGGUUUGGGAAUCAAGCAUUAUCAGAAUCGCGUUCUGGUUUCCCGUGUCGAUCCAGGUUCACUUGCGGAGAAAUGCUUGGUUCUUGGUGACCACUUGUGCGAUGUUGACGGAAUUCCUGUCACUGAUAAGGACGUCGCUCGUGAUUUGCUCGUCAAAAAUCUCCAGGAAAAAGGAAAAGUAUCGUUUGUCGUUGAACGCCCGGAUUCGUUCGAAGCCAAGCAAUGGGCUAAGCAAGCUCUGGCUGCCAAUAUUCUUCAACCACCAUCGGUUCAAAUGAAUGAUGAUGUUCGCACCAUUGCUUCGAAAUACCGUGCUGCUCUGAAAGCAUUGAAGGCUCCGGGGAAGAGUGCGAUGACAACAGCUGGAGCAACUGGUGGGAAGAAAGUUCAAAUCAUCGAGGAGACCGCGACACAUGAAAUCGGUCAUGAUCAUGAAGGAAAGGCUCUUCGUAAAGUCAAAUAA